AUGUUUUCCUGGGGGCUGAGCUGUUUGUCCAUGCUGGGGGCUGCGGCCACCACUCUCCUGUGUGCCGGUCUGCUGCUUGGCCUGGCCCAACAGCUCUGGACCCUGCGCUGGACGCUGAGCCGGGAUCGGGCCUCUGCCUUGCCCUUACCCAAGGGCUCCAUGGGCUGGCCAUUCUUGGGGGAAACGCUGCACUGGUUGGUUCAGGGCUCUCGUUUCCACAGUUCCCGCCGCGAGCGCUAUGGGACCGUGUUUAAGACGCACCUUCUGGGCAGGCCGGUGAUCCGCGUGAGCGGCGCCGAGAGCGUGCGCACCAUCCUGCUGGGCGAGCACCGCCUGGUGCGCAGCCAGUGGCCGCAGAGCAUGCACAUCCUGCUAGGUUCGCACACCCUCCUCGGCGCGGUUGGCGAGCCCCAUCGGCAAAAGCGGAAGGUCCUGGCGCGCGUGUUCAGCCGCCCCGCUCUGGAGCACUUCGUGCCACGGCUGCAGGGGGCGCUACGGCGGGAGGUGCGCUCCUGGUGCGCCGCCCGAGGACCCGUGGCCGUUUACCAGGCGGCCAAAGCGCUCACCUUCCGCAUGGCCGUGCGCAUCCUGCUGGGUCUGCAGCUGGACGAAGCGCGCUGCGCGGAGUUGGCCCAGACCUUUGAGCAGCUGGUUGAGAACCUCUUCUCACUGCCUUUGGACGUCCCCUUCAGCGGCCUGCGCAAGGGCAUCCGGGCCAGGGACCUGUUGUAUCAGCACCUGGAUGAGGCCAUUGCUCAGAAGCUUCAUGAGGAGCAGGCAGCAGAGCCAGGGGACGCCCUGCACCUGAUCAUCAGCAGCGCUAGGGUGCAGGGCCAGGAGGUCUCCGUGCAGGAGUUGAAGGAGUCGGCUGUGGAGCUCCUCUUCGCCGCCUUUUUCACCACGGCCAGCGCCAGCACAUCCCUCAUCCUGCUGCUUCUGCAACACCCAGCGGCCAUCGCCAAAAUCCAGCAGGAGCUGUCCGCACAGGGGCUGGGGCGCGCUUGCGACUGCCCACCCCGGGCCCCUGGGUCGGCACCGGAUUGCAGCUGUGAGCCCGACCUCAGCCUGGCGGUGCUCGGCCGGCUGCGCUACGUCGACUGCGUAGUCAAAGAGGUGUUGCGCCUCCUACCGCCGGUGUCCGGGGGCUAUCGCACUGUGCUGCGCACUUUUGAGCUGGACGGCUACCAGAUCCCCAAAGGCUGGAGCGUGAUGUACAGCAUCCGAGACACGCACGAGACAGCCGCGGUGUACCGCAGCCCCCCCGAGGGCUUCGACCCGGAGCGCUUCGGCGUGGAGAGCGAAGAUGCGCGGGGCCCCUGCGGCCGCUUUCACUACAUCCCGUUCGGCGGCGGCGCGCGCAGCUGCCUGGGCCAGGAGCUGGCGCUGGCGGUGCUGCAGCUGCUGGCCGUGGAGCUGGUGCGCACCGCGCGCUGGGAGCUGGCGACCCCCGCCUUCCCGGCCAUGCAGACGCUGCCGAUCGUGCACCCGGUGGACGGGCUGCUGCUCUUCUUCCAUCCCCUCGGGACUGCGGGUGCGGGGGAUGGGCCACACCUCUGACCCGCGCCGCUUCUCCAGCCUUGGCUGCUGCUCACAAGCAGCGCUGCCCAUCUUCAGCGUCCUAGGUCCUCCUCGCUCUCCCGCCCGUUCAUCCAGACACGGGCUUAACAAACGCUUGCGGUACAACUUUGCUAGACUGGAAGUAGCAGAAUGAGCCACCCACACCGCAGUGACCGCAGUGACCUCAGUGGCGAAGUGCUGGGCGUAGGGAGGAAGAGUAGGAGGUGCCCGCCCCACAUGGUAGGCACUUCCCAAGAUCUCGGAGCAGCCAGCGGUGGAGAGAACCUAUCUCCACUAAAUGAAACCAGCUUCAGGUGGCAAGUCUGCCAGGGACCUUGGAUUUGGGGCUCAGGCGGCAGCGGCAGCGGUGGUGGUAGUUAGGUAUAUGUUUCAAACUAGAAGAGAAUUUGUAAUUUUUUUUUUUUUAAGUCAGCAGAGAUACCAGCAUGGGUACCAGACGGGACCUGUUGUUUGUUCAAGAGACACACCAAGAGGGCCCCAGGGCUCCUGCUGGCAGAUUCUUCUAGAGACUUCUAAAGAGAAAAAUUCCAACUUGAAGGAUGUAUUUAAUGUCCUCAUUUAUAUAGAAGAUGAUACAUUCUCUUGAGCUGUCUCUAAGUCUGGUUCAUUCGAGGUUGAGGCAUAAUUCAUUCCUGGGAGAAUUGAGAUAAACAAGAGAUUUGAGAUAUUUGUACCAAAACAGGAAGGCCAAGAAGUAACUUUUUUUUUUUUUUUUUUUUUUGCCAGUGGUUGAGUAAGGAGGCUGGGGCUCACCUGGGUAUUUAUUACCCUGGUGUGAUGGCCAAGGGGGGAGAGGAAGGGCUACAGAGAUACACCUGAAGGACCUACCUGUAGCCUGUACCCGAGGCCUAGAAGCUGGGCAGCUUCAGUCCUAUGUUUCAAUCUGGACUAUGGAUGUGGAUGGUGGUUUUGGAGUAUCUCUGCAUCAUCUGCCCACAGAGUUGCUGUUCUUACUGCUUCACUCUUCGCACUGUUACUGAGGAUUAAAGAGACCUAUGACCCUCCUGAGGAGCCACUUCUGUGCUGCAUCCUCUCUUCCUGUUUCUCCUCUGAUCCUCGUCUGUCUAAAGGACUGUCUGCCUUUUCCAAUCCAGAGGUUCCCACCACUGCUUAAAUCAAAGCCACCAGGGUCCUGCCCUUAUCCCCAAAGCCCACUUCA